AUAAAUACAACAACAAUGAGCAUCUCCGGAGCCAUUUCCAGGCAUGUCAUGCCUGCAUGCGGCAGCCUGUGUUUCCUUUGCCCUGGACUACGUACAAGGUCCAGGCAGCCUAUUAAGAGGUACAAGAAGAUGAUUUCCCAGAUAUUCCCUCGUAAACAGGGGGAAGGACCGAAUGAACGUAAUAUAGGAAAACUAUGUGAAUACGCUGCCAAAAAUCCUUUGCGCAUCCCGAAGAUCACUAGUCUCCUUGAGCAGAGGUGUUACAAGGAGCUGAGAAAUGAGAAGUUUCAAUCAGUGAAAAUUGUUAUGUGCAUUUACAGGAAACUGUUGAUCUCUUGUAAGGAGCAAAUGCCACUAUUUUCCAGUAGCUUGUUGAGCAUAAUACAGACUCUGUUGGACCAAACACGGCAUGAUGAGAUGCGAAUCAUCGGAUGCCAUACACUUUUUGAUUUUUUGAAUAAUCAGGAGGAUGGGACCUGCAUGUUUAAGUUAGAAGGCUUUAUUCCACAACUAUGUCAAUUAACUGGAGAAGGUGGAGAAAGUGAAAGGGAAAGAAAUCUAUGUGCUGCUGGGCUGCAAGCACUUUCUUCAAUGAUUUGGUUUAUGGGAAAACACUCUCACAUUUCGGUGGAAUUUGACAAUAUUGUUUCAGUAGUCUUGGAAAAUUAUGGAGACCCAAGGAAAAGUUCAGAGAAUCCUAAUGGUGCCCAAAGUCAGUUGGAAGAAGACGUGCAAAAAGAUGAGGGGCAUGUCCCCAUAAUAUUUCCUUCUUGGGACACAAUUGUGAAUGACAAAGGAGAACUAAAUGUCUCAGUGGAAGAUGCCCAGAAUCCCUCCUUCUGGUCCAAGGUUUGUUUACAUAACAUGGCAAACCUAGCCAAGGAAGCUACCACAGCACGACGUGUUCUCGAGUCAUUGUUUCGUUACAUGGAUAAUGAGGACUCAUGGUCUCUUCAAACUGGUCUUGCCUUUCCAGUCUUAAAGGAUAUGCAGCUUUUACUGGAGAGCUCUGGACAGAACACACAUUUAUUGCUAUCCUUAUUAAUUAAGCAUCUUGACCACAAAACAGUUCUCAAACAACCUGACAUGCAACUUCAAGUUCUAGAGGUUGCAACCUCUCUAGCUCAACUUUCAAAAGUUGAACCUUCUAUAGCAAUACUUGGUGCAGUUAGUGAUGUUAUGAGGCAUCUGCGAAAGAGCAUACACUGCUCGCUCGGUGAUGCAACUUUGGGACCCGAAAUUAUACAAUGGAAUAGGAGCUUUAAAGAAACUGUGGAUAAUUGCCUUGUACAGUUAUCAAAAAAGGUCGGAGAUGCAGGUCCAAUUCUUGAUGCUAUGGCUGUGAUGUUGGAGAACAUCCCGAAUAUUACAGUUAUAGCCAGAACAACCGUCUGUGUUGUUUAUCGCACUGCUCAAGUUGCAUUUCCCGAGUCUUUGUUCCAUCAAUUACUCCCGGCUAUGGUCCACCCUGACCAUGAAACGCGAAUCGAAGCUCACCGUAUUUUCUCUGUUGUUCUUGUGCCAACUUCAGUUUGCCCUCGCCAAUCCUUUGUUACUUCAGUAGCAAACAAAGCCGCAGUUAUUCAAAGAUCGCUUUCAAGAACCGUCUCUGUCUUUUCUUCAUCAGCUGCCCUUUUUGAGAAGCUAAAGAAGGAGAAAUCCUUCUUAAGGCAGAGUUCUUCUAUACAAAAUGAAAACAAUGCUAGUGACGGUGAAGUUAGAAACAGCAAUAAUACGGUUCUGAAUCGUUUGAAAUCAUCUUAUAGUCGAGCAUACAGUUCAAGACAUCUCCCUGUAUCAUUGGAAACAGAUGAAAUUUCCCCAGGCAAUUCAAAUACGGAGUUUGAUUCUCUACGGCUUAGUAGCACCCAGAUUAGUCUCUUGCUUUCAUCGAUCUGGGCACAGUCUGUCUCUCCUCAAAAUACACCACAAAACUACGAAGCCAUUGCUCAUACAUACAGCCUUGUGAUGAUCUUUGCUCGAGCCAAGAAUUCUGGCAAUGAGUCUCUCGUUCGUAGUUUCCAGCUAGCCUUUUCUUUGCGAAGCAUCGCUCUUAAUGGAGGUGAGUGGCCACUUCCACCAUCGCGCCGUAGAUCUCUUUUCACCUUGGCAACUUCAAUGAUUCUAUUUUCAUCAAAGGCAUUCAAUAUUCUUCCUAUUGCCUAUAUUGCCAUGGCUACUAUAACAGAAAGAAUGGAUGAUCCAUUCUUGCACUUGGUGGAAGAAUGCAAGUUGAAGGCAGUGGACACUAGGCCUGACCUACCAAAAAAUGUUUAUGGAUCUGAAGAAGAUGAUAAUUUGGCUUUAAAGAUGCUCUCACAAAUUGAGAUUACCCCAGAGCAACGCAAGGAAAGCCUUGUUUCAGAGAUCUUAAAAGGCUUGGGAAUUUCAUCAGAACCUGAAUUGUCCAAUACAAGGGCACAGCUGUUAACUAAAUUCUUGCCGGAUGAUGUGUGCCCUCUAGGUGCUCACUUGCCUAUGGAUUCACUACUUAAAGUAGAUGGAUCUAGCAUACAAGAAAAUAAACCUUUUAAGGAGCAGGAAGCUCCAUUUCCCUCUAUAGAUGAAACCAAAGAGGAUUCAGGGUUGUCACAGGGAAUUCCAAAACCCCUGGAUGUCAAUCAACUCUUAGAUUCAGUAAUGGAGACUUCAGAUCAGUUUGGAAGAGAAUCUGUCUCCACCAGACCUGACAUGUCUUACAUGGAUAUGGCUCAAUAUUGCGAGACACUCUUGACUGGGAAGCGGCAGAAGAUGUCUGAUCUUGUCCAUCUGAGUCAAGAAAGCUUGAAUGGCUGCGGAUCUUUUCAAAAUCCUUUUGAUGACACAAAACAGACUGGUCCUGUCCUCGAACAAACAGAUGGUACUAACCCAUUCAAACAACCAGUCGGCACAGAGUACCAGAACCAUCUCCAGCCUUUCAGUUUACCAACCUCAACCCCAUAUGAUAACUUUCUAAAAGCUGCUGGUUGUUGA